AUGCAAGAGAUCUCCAGAAGUGCGUCAAUACAUCACAUGAGCCGCUCUCAGGUCCGGCCAGAGCUGCCACCUCUGCCACCUUCUGCUAAUGAUAAACCAUCUGAACUUUAUAAGACUGUCAUGAUGCACAGCUAUUAUCCUCCCUUGAUGCAGCGCACAUCAUGGACUAGGGCGGCACCUUUCAAAGAGCAGCACCACCACCGAGGACCUAGCGACUCUAUUGCCAAUAACUACUCCCUUAAAGCCCAGAAUCUGAGGCUAAGGGACUUCGCAAAGGUCUACCAGCCAGUAACCAUUGCUGUCCGCAGGGGAAAAAAUAUUCAGGAAUCAUCAAAAGGUAUUUUAGAGUCUAAAAAGAAGAAAAUGAAGUCAUCCUUGAAAGACAAGGAGAAAACAGAUGGUCUGUAUUUCAGGAUCAAGUCAGUUGGCAGCAGCAGCUCCACAGCCACAAAGAAGGCUUCGGUGACCUUCUCGGAAAGCAGACCAAUGAGUCCAGAAGAACAAAUUAAUAUCAUGCUACAGGAAGAGCAGGAAAAACAAAAUAAAGAAGAUAUCCCAUCUCCAUUGGAUUUAGAAAGGUACUAUUACUAUUUGACCAAUGGAAUCCCAAAAGAUAUGAUUGCUGAAGAGGAAGAAGAAGUAAUGGUUCGGAUUUCAAAGCUGAUUUCUAACACACUGUUGACAAAUCCUGCCUUGGAACCUCUGAUGUUGGUCCUCACAGAAGAGAAGGAACAUGGCUACUACUUUAGCCUCAUGAAAAGCAUUGUUGAUUACAUUCUUAUGGACCCACUGGAGAGAAAGCGACUCUUCAUCAAUAGUAUUCCUCCUUUGUUUCCACAACGGGUGAUCCGGGCCCCUGUGCCCUGGCACAAUGUUUACAUUAAUGCUAAGAAAUGGAAUGAGGAGCACUUGCACUCAGUGAAUCCCAUCAUGCUCAAACUGAAGGACCUGUGGUUUUCGGAGUUUAAAGAUCUCAGGUUUGUUCGCACAGCAGAAUUAUUGGCAGGAAAAUUGCCUCUGCAGCCUCACGAAUAUCAAGAAGUGAUUGAGAAACAUUGUAUGGAAGCACAUCAGAUUCUUCUGAACAAGUGGAUCCCUGAGUGCUCCCAGAUAUUUUCUUCACAGAAGCAUCAUUGGGUCCAUUUUGCACCCAAGAGCGAGUAUGAACCCUCCCGUGGCAUUGAAGAAUAUUUUGCUUCUGUUGCAUCCUUCAUGGCACUCCAGCUGAGGGAGAUAGUCACUAAGUCUCUUGAGGACCUUGUUUCUUUUUUCAUGAUACACCAGGAUGGAAAUGAUUUUGAAGAGCCCUACGAUGAGAUGAAAUUCUUUAUGCCCCAGCUAAUUAUGAUCAAGCUUGAUAUCACUGAACCAGAUAUUGUCUUUAACCCUUCUUUUGAUGACUGCUGGAAAUUAAUAUAUAACUCUUUCUUGGAAAUUAUUAAGCACUCUACAGAGAUCCCCAAGGUGGAAGCUGUCCUGUUCCCCGAAUUGAAAAGUUCAAGAAGUGAUCUGACUCUUAGAACUGUUAACCCUGAAGAAAGUCUGGUUUCUGACUUGGUGAAUCAAACUUACGAAAUAUUUCAGAAAAAUCAAGUUGGUCCAUACAAAUACUUAAAUGUAUACAAAGAAUAUGAUGACUUAUUGGAUAAUAUGGCAGAGCAAAACAUCACUGAAUUCCUGAAAGAACAACAUGAAAUUGAGGAUUUUGUGAUGAGCAUAAAAAACAUUAAAAUGCGAAGAAAUAAAAUUGCGUCCAUGCACAUUACUGUGCCUUUGGCCAUGUUCUGCCUUGAUGCUAUGACCCUAAAUUAUGAACUCUGUGAGAGAGCCGAAAAUCUUAAGGACCGUCUGAUACAGUUCCAAGUAGACAUUAAUCGUGACACCAAUACCAGCAUUUGUAAUCAGUACAGCACCAUUGCAGAUAAAGUCAGUGAGGUUCCUUCUAACACUGAGGAGCUGGUCCAGCUCAUUGCAUUCUUAAAGAAAUCCAGCAAUGUCACUGUCUUUAAGCUCAGGAAACAGCUUAAAGAUGCAGUCGAACGACUAGAGUUCCUGAUGGACUAUGCAGAUUUGCCUCAAGAGGAUAUCAAACUGAACAGCACUUUGUUCCUAUGGCCAGACCAGAUUGAAGAUGUAUUUGAAAGCAGUCAAGCCUUACUUCUUGGCAAGAGGGAUCAGGCAGAGCUAGACCUCAUUAAAAGGUGCUUAGAUUAUGAGUCAAGACUGGAGGGAUAUAGCAAGGAACUGGAUGGCUUUAGGAAACGUGAAGUGAUGACUACAGAAGAAAUGAAGAACAAUGUUGAAAAGCUUAGUGAACUGUCAAAGAACCUAGAUCAGGCGCUGACGGAAUUUGAGCUAAUCAAUAAAGAAGAGGAGCUAUUGGAAAAGGAGAAAAGUACCUUCCCUCUUCUGCAAACUUUGAUGACCAACAAAGUACCUUAUGAGCAACUUUGGGUGACAGCCUAUGAUUUUAGCACCAAGUCAGAGGAGUGGAUGAAUGGGCCCCUCUUUUUACUAAAUGCAGAUAAAAUUGCAGAAGAAAUUGGGAACAUGUGGAGGACAAUCUAUAAAUUAACCAAGGCUCUCACUGACAUGCCUGCACCCAAGCGCUUAGCUGAGAAUGUGAAAAUUAAGAUAGAAAAAUUCAAGCAGCACCUCCCAAUCCUCAGCAUUUCCUGCAACCCAGGAAUGAAGGAGCGGCAUUGGCAGCAGAUCAGUGAGAUUGUCGGCUAUGAAAUAAAACCCACUGAAACCACUUGUCUCUCAAAUAUGCUGGAAUUUGGAUUUGGCAAAUAUGUUGACAAACUUGAGCCCAUUGGUGCAGCUGCCAGUAAGGAGUAUUCCCUGGAGAAAAACUUGGAGAAAAUGAAGUCAGACUGGAUGGAUAUGACAUUCAAUUUUGUGAAGUACAGGGAUACGGACACAAGCAUCUUAUGUGCAAUUGAUGACAUUCAGCUUCUGCUCGAUGACCAUGUGAUAAAGACCCAGACCAUGUGUGGUUCCCCAUUCAUCAAACCAAUAGAAGCAGAAUGUCGGAAGUGGGAAGAAAAACUAAUUCGCAUGCAGGAAAUUCUGGAUGCCUGGUUGAAAUGUCAGGUUACCUGGCUAUACUUGGAACCUAUCUUCAGUUCAGAGGAUAUCAUAGCCCAGAUGCCAGAGGAGGGCAGGAAAUUUGGCAUCGUUGACAAUUACUGGAAAUCACUUAUGGCUCAAGCGGUGAAAGAUUCUAGGGUUUUAAUGGCAGCUGAUCAGCCCCGAAUGUAUGAGAAACUUCAAGAAGCCAACCUUCUUUUGGAAGACAUCCAGAAGGGGCUAAAUGAUUACUUGGAAAAGAAGAGACUAUUUUUCCCCAGAUUCUUCUUCUUGUCAAAUGAUGAGCUACUGGAGAUCUUGUCAGAGACAAAAGACCCUCUACGAGUGCAACCACACUUGAAGAAGUGCUUUGAAGGAAUCGCCAAACUGGAGUUUACAGAGAAUCUGGAGAUUACGGGCAUGAUUAGCUCAGAAAAAGAAGUCGUUCCAUUCAAUAAAAGUAUCUACCCAGCUGAAGCCAAAGGCAUGGUGGAGAAGUGGCUGCAGCAGGUGGAGCACAUGAUGUUGGUCAGUUUGCGGGAAGUCAUACAACAAGGCAUUGAAGCAUAUGCCAAGGUCCCUCGUAACGAUUGGGUCUUGCAGUGGCCUGGCCAGGUAGUAAUCUGUGUCUCUUCUAUAUAUUGGACCAAGGAAGUAUCCCACGCCCUGGUAGAAAAGACUUUGCCGGAGUUUCUGCAAAAGAGCAAUGAUCAGAUCGCACAGAUUGUCGAGCUAGUUCGAGGAAAGCUGAGCAGUGGGGCCCGACUCACUCUUGGAGCCCUAACUGUCAUUGAUGUUCAUGCUCGUGAUGUAGUAGCCAAGUUAUCUGAGGACAAUGUCUGUGAUUUGAGUGAUUUCCAGUGGAUCUCUCAAUUGCGCUAUUACUGGGAGGCAAAGGACGUGCAGGUACAGAUGAUCACAACAGAAGUCUUGUAUGGCUAUGAGUACCUGGGCAACUCCCCACGCCUGGUGAUCACGCCCCUCACUGACCGCUGCUACAGGACACUGAUGGGCGCUUUGAAGCUAAAUCUUGGAGGAGCUCCCGAGGGUCCAGCUGGGACAGGCAAGACAGAAACCACCAAAGAUUUGGCCAAAGCAUUAGCCAAGCAGUGUGUGGUCUUCAACUGUUCAGAUGGUUUGGAUUACAAAGCCAUGGGGAAGUUCUUCAAAGGACUGGCCCAGGCUGGAGCAUGGGCUUGCUUUGACGAGUUCAACAGGAUUGAGGUGGAAGUACUGUCUGUGGUAGCUCAGCAGAUUCUCACCAUUCAACAAGCCAUUAUUCGGAAGUUAAAGACGUUCAUCUUUGAAGGCACCGAGCUCUCUCUGAACCCAACAUGUGCUGUCUUCAUUACCAUGAACCCCGGAUAUGCUGGUAGAGCUGAGCUUCCAGAUAAUCUCAAGGCUUUAUUUCGAACAGUGGCCAUGAUGGUGCCAGAUUAUGCCCUCAUUGGAGAAAUCUCCCUCUAUUCAAUGGGAUUUCUGGAUUCUAGAAGCCUAGCCCAGAAGAUUGUCGCAACUUACCGCCUGUGCUCCGAGCAGCUCUCCUCCCAGCACCACUAUGACUAUGGCAUGCGUGCAGUCAAGUCUGUGCUCACUGCUGCUGGCAACCUGAAGCUCAAGUAUCCAAAGGAGAAUGAAAGCGUCCUGCUGCUCCGAGCCUUGCUUGAUGUCAACCUGGCCAAGUUCUUGGCUCAAGAUGUUCCGCUGUUUCAGGGAAUUAUAUCAGAUUUGUUUCCUGGAGUUGUUCUUCCAAAGCCAGACUAUGAAAUUUUUGUGAAUGUGCUGACUGAAAAUAUCAAAAAGAUGAAACUCCAGCCAGUACCUUGGUUUGUUGGGAAAAUUAUCCAGAUCUAUGAGAUGAUGCUGGUAAGGCACGGCUACAUGAUUGUCGGAGACCCAAUGGGUGGCAAGACCUGUGCUUAUAAAGUGUUGGCUGCAGCUCUUGGUGAUUUGCAUGCAGCCAACCAGAUGGAUGAGUUUGCCGUGGAGUUUCAUAUCAUCAAUCCCAAGGCUAUCACCAUGGGUCAGCUAUAUGGCUGCUUUGACCAAGUAAGCCAUGAGUGGACAGAUGGUGUCCUAGCCAAUGCUUUCCGGGAGCAAGCAUCUUCCACAUCGGAUGACCGCAAGUGGAUUAUAUUUGAUGGGCCAGUGGAUGCUGUUUGGAUUGAGAACAUGAACACUGUUCUGGAUGACAACAAAAAGCUAUGUUUAAUGAGUGGCGAGAUUAUCCAGAUGAACUCCAAGAUGAGCCUGAUCUUUGAGCCAGCUGACCUGGAGCAGGCCUCCCCAGCAACUGUGAGCAGGUGUGGGAUGAUCUACAUGGAGUCUGACCAGCUGGGCUGGAAACCUCUGAAGGAUUCAUACAUGGACACUCUGCCACCCAACCUCACGGACGAGCACAGGGAAUUGGUCAAUGACAUGUUUAUGUGGCUUGUCCAACCCUCCCUGGAAUUUAUUCGUCUUCACUGUAAAUCUGUUAUUCAAACAUCCCCCACCCAUCUUGCCUUCUCAAUGAUGAGGUUGUACUCUACUCUGUUUGAUGAAAUCAUGGAAGCAAAUAAUGAGGACAGUGAAUAUUUUGAAACCCUGACGAGUCAACAGAUUUUUCUCUGGCUGCAAGGGUUAUUCCUCUUUUCCUUGGUGUGGACUGUGGCUGGCAUCAUUAACUCUGAAGGCAGAAAGCAAUUUGAUGUGUUUUUCCGCAACCUGAUUAUGGGGAUGGAUGAUAACAACCCUAGACCCAAAAGUGUCAGACUCACCAAAAACAAUAUCUUUCCAGAAAGAGGAAGCAUCUAUGAUUUUUAUUUCUUCAAGCAUGGAGGGGGACAGUGGCUCACAUGGACAGAGUAUAUCACCAAAGAGGAGGAGCAGAUCCCGCCUAAUGCAAAGAUCUCAGACCUCAUCAUCCCAACAAUGGAGACAGCCCGGCAAACUUUCUUCUUGAAAACCUACAUAGAUCAUGAGAUUCCAAUACUAUUUGUGGGUCCUACAGGAACUGGCAAAUCAGCCAUCACCAACAACUUUCUUCUCAAUCUUCCCAAAAAUGUCUACCUACCCAAUUGCCUCAAUUUCUCUGCCAGAACCUCAGCCAAUCAAACCCAAGAUAUCAUCAUGUCAAAGCUGGAUCGAAGAAGGAAGGGUCUUUUUGGGCCUCCUAUGGGAAAGAAGGCAGUGGUAUUUGUAGAUGACCUCAACAUGCCAGCCAAGGAGGUAUAUGGGGCCCAGCCUCCCAUUGAGCUCCUAAGGCAAUGGAUUGACCACGGUUACUGGUUUGACAAAAAGGACACAACUAGGCUGGACAUUGUGGAUGUGCUGCUUGUGACAGCCAUGGGUCCCCCUGGAGGAGGAAGGAAUGACAUUACUGGACGCUUCACUCGCCAUCUGAAUAUCGUUUCCAUCAAUGCUUUUGAUGAUGAUACUUUAAUCAAGAUUUUUAGUUCCAUUGCUGACUGGCACUUUGGGAAAGGGUUCGAUGUGCCAUUUGUACGGCUUGGAAAGAUAAUGGUGCAAGCUACCAUGGCGAUUUAUAAAGCUGCAGUAGAGAAAUUCUUGCCAACUCCCUCCAAGUCACAUUAUGUCUUUAACCUGCGGGACUUCUCACGGGUGAUCCAGGGUGUUCUGCUUUGUCCUCACACCCAUUUGCAGGACGUAGAAAAACUUAUUCGACUUUGGAUCCAUGAAGUUUAUCGAGUCUUCUAUGAUCGUCUGAUAGAUCAAGAAGACAGACAUAUCUUCUUCAAGUUAGUGAGAGAGACCACCUCUAAUUCCUUCAAGCAGUCUAUCGAGAGGGUCCUCAUCCACCUAUCACCCACUGGAAAAAUUUCUGACAAUAAUAUCCGUAACCUCUUCUUUGGAGAUUUCUUUAAGCCAGACAGUGACCCAAAAAUUUAUGAUGAAAUCACCGACCUGAAACAGCUCACAGUGGUCAUGGAGCACUACCUGGAAGAGUUCAACAAUGUUAGCAAGGCUCCCAUGUCCUUGGUCAUGUUCCGGUUUGCCAUCGAGCACAUCUCCAGGAUCUGCAGAGUCCUGAAGCAGGACAAAGGCCACUUACUCCUAGUGGGUAUCGGAGGCAGUGGGCGACAAAGUGCCAGCAAACUGUCUACAUUUAUGAACUCCUACGAGCUGUACCAGAUUGAGAUCACUAAGAGCUAUUCAAGUAGUGAUUGGCGGGAGGAUUUAAAGAAAAUCAUGCUGCAGUCUGGGGUGGCCAUCAAAAAAACUGUGUUCCUCUUUUCUGAUAAUCAGAUCAAGGAUGAGUCUUUUGUGGAAGAUAUCAACAUGCUAUUGAACACAGGUGAUGUCCCCAAUAUUUUCCCAGCUGAUGAGAAGGCUGAACUGAUAGAGAAGAUGCAAAUGGCAGCUAGGACAGAAGGACAGAAGAUUGAGGCCACUCCUCUUGCAAUGUAUAACUUCUUCAUUGAACGAGUGAAAAAGAACCUUCAUAUUGUCCUUGCCAUGAGUCCAAUUGGGGAUGCCUUCCGGAACCGCCUGCGCAUGUUCCCUUCAUUGAUCAAUUGCUGUACAAUUGAUUGGUUCCAGUCCUGGCCCACAGAUGCCCUGGAGUUGGUGGCCAACAAAUUCUUAGAAGAUGUGGAGCUUGAGGACAAUGUUCGAAAAGAGGUCAUCUCCAUGUGCAAAUACUUCCAGGAAACUGUGAAGGAGAUGUCCAUUGACUACUACAACACCCUUCGAAGGCACAACUAUGUUACUCCCACCUCCUACCUUGAAUUGAUCCUAACCUUCAAGACGCUCCUAAAUAGCAAGAGACAAGAGGUGGAUAUGAUGAGGAACCGCUACCUGACAGGCCUGCAAAAACUAGACUUUGCAUCUUCACAGGUAUUCGUCAUGCAGGCAGAACUAACAGCCCUCCAACCCCAACUCAUCCUGACCUCCAAGGAGACUGCUCAAAUGAUGGUGAAAAUUGAAACAGAGACCAGAGAAGCCGAUGCCAAGAAACUUAUGGUGCAGGCAGAUGAGAAAGAGGCCAAUGCUUCUGCUGCCAUUGCUCAAGGGAUCAAGGAUGAAUGUGAAGGGGACCUGGCAGAAGCAAUGCCUGCACUGGAGGCUGCACUCGCUGCACUGGACACCCUGAACCCCGCAGACAUCUCACUGGUGAAGUCGAUGCAGAAUCCACCUGGUCCCGUGAAGCUGGUCAUGGAAAGCAUCUGUGUCAUGAAAGGGCUGAAACCGGAGAGAAAGCCAGAUCCCAGUGGCAGUGGUAAAAUGAUAGAAGAUUAUUGGGGCGUAUCAAAAAAGGUUCUUGGGGAUCUGAAAUUCUUGGAGAGUCUCAAGACAUAUGACAAAGACAAUAUCCCUGCAUUAGUCAUGAAGCGAAUCCGGGAAAGGUUUAUUGACCACCCAGAUUUCCAGCCAAAUGUCAUUAAAAAUGUGUCAUCGGCUUGCGAAGGUCUGUGCAAGUGGGUGCGGGCAAUGGAGGUGUAUGAUCGAGUGGCCAAAGUGGUGGCUCCUAAGCGAGAGAGGUUGAAGGAGGCAGAGGGGAAGCUGGGCAUUCAGAUGCAGAAGCUGAACCAAAAACGAGCAGAGCUGAAACUGGUGGAAGACCGUCUGCAAGCCCUGAAUGAGGACUUUGAAGAGAUGAAUGUUAAGAAAAAGGCACUGGAGGAAAACAUUGAUGCCUGUUCCCAAAAGAUACUCAGGGCAGAAAAGCUCAUCAGUGGUCUGGGAGGAGAGAAGGACAGAUGGACAGAAGCUGCCCGGCAGUUGGGGACCCGCUAUGUCAAUCUGACGGGAGAUGUGCUUUUGUCCUCGGGGACUGUGGCUUACCUAGGGGCCUUUACAGUGGACUUCCGGGCCAAUUGCCAAAGGAAAUGGUUGGGCCAGUGUAAGAGAAAGGUCAUCCCUGGCUCCAGUGACUUCAGCCUGAGCAACACAUUAGGGGAUCCUGUAAAAAUCCGUGCCUGGCACAUUGCUGGGCUGCCCAUCGACUCCUUCUCCAUUGACAAUGGCAUCAUUGUGACCAAUUCAAGGCGCUGGGCCUUAAUGAUCGACCCUCAAGGGCAGGCCAACAAGUGGAUCAAGAACAUGGAGAAAAUGAAUAAACUGUCUGUCAUCAAGUUCUCAGAUUCCAACUAUGUAAGGGUGCUGGAAAGUGCUCUGCAGUUUGGCACUCCUGUCUUACUAGAAAACGUUGGGGAAGAACUGGACGCCUUUAUUGAGCCCAUCUUGCUCAAGUCGACGUUCAAGCAGCAAGGGGUAGAGUUCAUGAGACUGGGUGAGAACAUCAUCGAAUACAACAGGGAGUUCAAAUUAUAUAUCACAACCCGUUUGAGGAAUCCUCAUUACCUCCCCGAAGUCGCUGUGAAAGUCUGCCUCCUCAACUUCAUGAUCACCCCCUUGGGUCUCCAAGAUCAACUGCUCGGCAUCGUGGCUGCCAAGGAGAAGCCAGAGCUGGAAGAGAAGAAGAACAAAUUGAUUGUGGAAAGUGCCCGGAACAAGCAGCAACUGCAGGAAAUCGAAGAUAAGAUCUUGGAGGUGCUCUCCAUGUCCGAGGGCAACAUCCUUGAGGAUGAGACAGCCAUUAAGGUGUUGUCCUCCUCCAAACUGCUAUCUGAAGAGAUCUCCGAAAAGCAGAAAAUUGCUUCGUUAACAGAGACACAAAUAGAUGAGACUCGGAUGGGCUACAAGCCAGUGGCUAUCCACUCAGCCACCAUCUUCUUCUGUAUCUCUGACCUGGCCCACAUCGAGCCCAUGUACCAAUACUCCCUGAUGUGGUUCAUAAAUCUCUAUGUGCAGUCGCUGGCCAAUAGCCAGAAAAGUGAUGAACUGGAGCAACGCAUUGCAUACAUCAUUGAGCACUUCACCCUCAGUAUCUACAAUAAUGUCUGCCGCUCUCUGUUUGAGAAGGACAAGCUGCUUUUCUCUCUCCUCUUGACUGUUGGCAUCUUGAAGGAGAAGAAACUGAUUGAUGAGGAAAUAUGGUACUUCCUACUAACUGGAGGUGUUGCACUGGAAACCCCAUUUAGCAACCCAGCUUCCGAAUGGCUGUCUGAGAAGUCGUGGGGGGAAAUAGUCCGGGCUUCUGCACUGUCCAAACUACAAGGCCUGAUGGAGCAUUUUGAACAAAAUGUUGAUAAAUGGAAGCUUAUCUAUGACUCAGCCUCACCCCAUGAGGAGGUUUUUCCUGGAAAUUGGCAACUUCUUCAGAGUAUGGAGAAGAUUGUGAUUCUCCGAUGUCUGCGGCCAGACAAAGUUAUUCCAGCUAUUCGGGAAUUUAUUGCCGAAAAUAUGGGCAGCACAUACAUUGAAGCCCCUACCUUUGAUCUCCAGGGAUCCUACAAUGAUUCCAAUUGCUGUGCACCACUGAUUUUUGUGUUAUCUCCUGGGGCAGAUCCAAUGGCAGGCUUGUUGAAGUUUGCCGAUGAUCUUGGCAUGGGUGGUUCCAGAACACAGACCAUAUCUCUUGGCCAAGGUCAAGGUCCUAUUGCUGCCAAAAUGAUCAAUACUGCCAUCAAAGAUGGAACCUGGGUGGUCUUACAGAAUUGCCAUCUGGCCACAAGCUGGAUGCCUUCCCUAGAGAAGAUCUGUGAGGAGGUGAUAGUUCCUGAGACCACCAACAUCAAAUUCAGACUCUGGUUAACCAGCUAUCCAUCAGAGAAGUUUCCAGUCAGUAUUCUCCAGAAUGGGGUCAAAAUGACCAAUGAACCCCCCAAAGGUCUCCGGGCCAACCUGUUGCGCUCCUACCUGAAUGACCCUAUCUCAGACCCCGUGUUCUUCCAAAGCUGUACAAAGGUGGUGAUAUGGCAAAAGCUCUUGUUUGGUCUUUGCUUCUUCCAUGCCAUCGUUCAAGAGAGGAGAAACUUUGGGCCUCUGGGUUGGAAUAUUCCUUAUGAAUUUAAUGAGUCUGACUUGAGGAUUAGUAUGCGGCAGAUCCAGAUGUUUCUGAAUGACUACAAGGAGGUGCCAUUCGAUGCUCUGACUUACCUAACAGGGGAAUGUAACUAUGGAGGCCGAGUGACUGAUGAUAAAGACAGGCGUCUCCUGCUGUCUCUUUUGUCCACAUUCUACUGUAAAGAAAUAGAACAGGAAAAUUACCCUCUCGCUCUUGGAGACAUUUACUACAUCCCUCCUCAUGGCUCCUAUCAGUCGUAUAUCGAUUAUCUCAGGAACCUACCCAUCUCCGCCCACCCAGAAGUGUUUGGCCUCCAUGAGAAUGCUGACAUCACCAAGGACAACCAGGAAACCAACCAGCUGUUUCAAGGGGUGUUGCUGACCCUCCCAAGACAGGCAGCGGGGAGUGGCAAGUCCCCCCAGGAAGUGGUUGAGGAACUAGCCCAUGACAUACUCUCCAAGCUUCCUAAGGACUUUGACCUGGAAAGGGUUAUGACUAUGUACCCUGUGGUCUACGAGGAAUCCAUGAACACUGUCCUGAGGCAAGAGCUCAUCAGAUUCAACAGGCUGACCAAAGUGGUUCGCAGGAGCCUCAUUGAUACUGGCCGAGCCAUCAAAGGGCAAGUCCUGAUGUCUUCAGAACUAGAGGAAGUCUUUAGUAGCAUGAUCGUGGGCAAAGUGCCAGGCAUGUGGAUGUCCAAGUCCUACCCAUCUCUCAAGCCCCUAGGAGGCUAUGUGGCUGACCUGCUGGCCCGCCUAGUCUUCUUCCAGGAAUGGAUUGACAAUGGACCCCCUGUGGUCUUUUGGAUCUCUGGAUUCUACUUCACACAGUCUUUUCUGACCGGUGUGUCUCAGAAUUAUUCCCGGAAAUAUACCAUCCCCAUUGACCACAUCGGAUUUGAGUUUGAGGUAACCACGGAAGAAUCGAUCAUGGAGAGCAACCCAGAAGAUGGGGCCUAUAUAAAAGGACUCUUCUUAGAAGGUGCUCGUUGGGACAGGAUAACUAUGCAGAUUGAGGAAUCUUUCCCCAAAAUCCUCUACGACUCUUUACCUGUCAUUUGGCUGAAACCUGGCGAUAGUUCUACUUUUACUCACAAGAACACUUAUGUGUGUCCAGUCUACAAAACAAGUGCCCGCAGAGGCAUCCUCUCCACCACAGGUCACUCCACCAACUAUGUUCUCUCCAUUGAGCUCCCCACAUACAGGCCUGAGAGGCACUGGAUAAACCGAGGGGUAGCCUCAUUGUGUCAGCUGGAUAACUGA